UUAAUAUAAGCUGUACCGGUCUAAAAUAAGAAAGCCUUUUUUUCGCUCUCAAUCAGAAUUCGCGCAAGGAAGACGACGUCGAAGCCCGACAAAUCUUGCCUUGGGGUGGCGCCUCCCUCUGUCUCCUCUCUCCGAUUCCCAUUCAAAAUAUAAUCCUCAGCCGAUUGUUACAACUUCCCUGUUGACAAUUCGAUCCCGUUCCCAAUUCAUACGAUAGAGAUGGAUUUGUUUUGACUUUUUUGUUAUUAAUUCACAAGGCAAUGGCAUCAACUGGAGAUACAUGGGGAAAGGAGUAUAAUGAAGCAGUGAGGCUUGCUGAAGAUAUCACUAACAUGAUAUCCGAAAGAAGUUCCUUGCCUGCUACUGGGACAGAGGUUCAGCGGCAUUCUUCUGCUAUAAGGAGGAAAAUUACUAUAUUAGGAACUCGACUCGGUAGCUUAGAAUCACAUUUGCGCAAACUACCUGGAAAGCAGCCUUUGUCUGAGAAAGAGAUGAAUCGCCGCAAGGACUUGCUUGCAAAUUUAAAUGCAAAAGCAAAACAGAUGGCAUCCACUUUAAACAUGUCCCAUUUUGCGAAUAGAGACAGCUUACUCGGACCAGAAGUGAAGCCUGUGGAUGUCAUGAGCAGAACAGAUGGCCUUGACAAUUCUGGUAUCGUAGGUCUUCAGCGACAAGUAAUGAAAGAACAAGAUGAAGGUCUCGAGAAAUUGGAGGAGACAGUAAUAAGCACCAAGCAUAUUGCACUGGCUGUCAAUGAAGAACUUAGCUUACAAACAAGGCUCAUUGAUAAUCUUGAUCAGCAUGUUGAUAUUACGGACUCUCGUCUGCAGAGAGUACAAAAGAGACUUGCAAUUUUAAACAAACGCACAAAGGGUGGCUGCUCCUGCAUGUGCAUGCUUUUGUCAGUCAUUGGGAUAGUGGUUCUCAUUACAGUGAUAUAUCUUCUAUUCAAAUACUUGUGAUGCUGGACAGAAGUGACACUUAACUCUGUCCAUUGGAAUUAACAUAUAAUGAUGUGUGAAGACCUCGUUUAUACCAUGUUUGGAUGUUCCUUACGGAUUGUCUGUUGUAUUUACUGUAUUUGGUUGUUUCUGAGCAAAAUGCUAUACCCUCGGUGUGUUCAUAGUGUGUUGUGCUGCAGAAGUGCAGAGUCUUUUACCUUUCCCCCCUUUUUGUGCUGUUCAAAACUCAAAAGCGGGUAUAUGUUCUUCAGGCGUAAAACAUUUGAGCACAUACAUUCCCUCCCUUGGUAAGUUGGCCCUG